UUUCUGCUGAAAGACGGUGACUGUAGCUCAGCCCUGGCGUCCCUCGUUUGCUGCACUAAGAAAGAAACAGACCCUGCCCACACCUUCUGGGGAGUCAGUAGCCAUCUACGCUAAGCGAGCCCGCUCGGGUCGGCGCUGGCAGCCUCCCCGGCGCUCUUCGCCUUUAAGCCCGGGGUGGAGAAUCAUUUCAGCGCCACCAGACCUCGCUGGGCUGUACGCCUCCUCGGCUGCUCCAAGCGUUGCUCAUCGCACGCGGCGCUUCUCGGCGUCUCGCUGUAACCCUCCCUCCGCCUCCUUCGCUCUCCUGCCAGGGCCAGCGAGGCUCCUCCAGAGGGAGCGCAGUAGCGGGCGGGUGCCGGCGGGGUCUGCUUGGUCUAGCAACUCUUAGCACCUGGAUCAUCACUGCAAAUAUUUGCAAAAUCCUAAUGUGGGGAAGUGCCCUAAGGCUGGGAAUUACCAAUCUUAAAGAUCUACGAUAAGAUUUUGAAAUAAUUGCAGCCUUUUGACACUCACAAAGAUGUUGGAAGAAGAUAUGGAAGUGGCCAUUAAAGUGGUGGUGGUAGGAAAUGGAGCUGUUGGGAAGUCCAGUAUGAUCCAGAGAUACUGCAAAGGGAUUUUUACAAAAGACUACAAGAAAACUAUUGGAGUUGAUUUUCUGGAAAGACAAAUUCAAGUCCAUGAUGAAGAUGUACGAUUAAUGUUGUGGGACACAGCAGGUCAAGAAGAAUUUGAUGCAAUUACCAAAGCUUAUUACAGAGGAGCCCAGGCUUGUGUGCUUGUAUUUUCCACUGUUGAUAGAGAGUCUUUUGAAGCAGUCCCUAAUUGGAAGGCGAAAGUAGUAUCUGAAGUUGGAGAGAUACCUACAGUUCUUGUUCAGAACAAGAUUGACCUCUUGGACGAUUCUUGUAUAAAGAAUGAAGAAGCGGAGGCAUUGGCAAAAAAGUUAAAAUUACGAUUCUACCGAACAUCUGUAAAGGAAGAUUUAAAUGUAACAGAAGUUUUCAGAUAUUUGGCUGAGAAGUAUCUUCAAAGACUCAAACAACAAACCAUUGAAAAUUCAGAAGUAAUACAUACAAGUAGUAACAAAAUUGGUGUUUUCAACACAGCAGGUGGAAGUCAUUCUGGCCAGAAUUCUAGCAUGCUUAAUGGUGGGGAUGUCAUCAACCUUAGGCCUAACAAACAACGGACCAAGAAAAACAGAAGUCCUUUUAGCAACUGUAGCAUACUCUAAAGCUCCAAACUGAGAAGAAAAGACAGUCUGACAAAAGUGACUCAGCUGAAGUCAGCAGGGAACACAGCCAGCUGUAGCAGCCCACCGCUUUCACAAGUGUUCCACACAUGGGAUCCCACACUGAUAGUGGAUAUUGCUGUUGCAAUGAAUUAUUGUUGGUACAUAGUUAAGACUACUGGUGGCAUAGAAAUAGAACCAUUGCCCCAUGCAUUCGUUUUAUGUUGAAUAGGACAACUUUCUGGUUGAAAGGUAUGAUGAAUUAAAGUGUAUAAUAGGUCUCACUUUUUAAAAGUUCCAGCGAUAUUCUUAAAUGGCAGUACUUGCUCAUGUUGUUAGAAGAUAAAAUAGUUUUUCCUGCUUACCUGACUGGAUGGCUCAUUAUGAAGAUAUUUUAAAACAGAAGUCCAUAGUUGGUACUACUCCAGUGCAUAUUCUGCCAGUGUCAGUGGUGCGAUAUUUGUAUCGCUUAUAAGUUCUAACUUCAUUAUGCAUCUAUAGAUAAUUAGUGAAAUAUUCAGGCUAAAGAUAAGCUGGUACUAGGUCCAGUUAUGUGGUCCUGAUAACUAACUACUAAAGUGGCAUCGUAAAACAAUUUCCACUUUUAAAAAUUGCUAACAUCUUGAAUCAAACUUUCCAAAAAUGGUACCACGCAUGCUUAAAUUUUUCCAGAGGGGGUGGGCCUUUUUUAAUACAAUUGUUCUGUGCCAAAUAAUGAAUUUUUAUGCUGCUACACUUAAAUAUUUUUGUCAAGUUCAUUUGAUACACUUUCUAAAUUUUAACUAGAUAAAUGGGAGAUAAAGGGGAUAGCCAAGUGGAGCCCAUCAAGUUUUCUUUUUUAAAUAGAAAGAUUUAUAGCUUAUAUAUUCAUAUGCUAUUAAUUUUUGGAAAAGAUGAUCAAGUAUUGAAGAGAUUGUUACCAAAAGAUUAAACACUUUUAAGGAA